UUCGCCGGCUCUGGCUCCCGGAGCUGUGGCUUCUCCCGCGCUCCGCUGGGACUCGGGACGCGCUCCCCGCUCCCGCCGCCAGAGAAGUCCCGGCUCGAAGCCCGCCCGCCGGGCGCCCGCUCGUACUCGCACGCGCGCUCACACGCGCGCGCUCACACUCACAUUGUCUUUCACCACGCGCGCUCACACUCAAACACGUGCUCUCCCACUUUGCACACGCGCUCACACUCGCACUCGCGUGCUCCCACUUGCACACGUGUGCUCGCUCUCACAAGCGCACUUUCACGCGCUCAGACUCCCACACGCGCGCCACACGCACGAGCGCUCACACUCUCACUCCGGCCCGUUUACCCUGCAGGGGCGCAGGCACCGCCGGCGAGAGCGCCGAGAGGACCCACGACCUUCCCAUGGCUGACCUGAGCUUCAUCGAAGAUUCCGUCGCCUUCCCGGAGAAGGAAGAGGAUGAGGAGGAGGAGGAGGAGGGUGUGGAGUGGGGCUACGAAGAAGGUGUAGAGUGGGGCUUGGUGUUUCCUGAUGCUAAUGGGGAAUACCAGUCUCCCAUUAACCUGAAUUCAAGAGAAGCUAGAUAUGACCCCUCACUGCUGGAUGUCCGCCUCUCGCCAAAUUAUGUGGUCUGCCGGGACUGUGAAGUCACCAAUGAUGGACAUACCAUUCAGGUUAUCCUGAAGUCAAAAUCAGUUCUAUCGGGAGGUCCAUUGCCUCAAGGGCAUGAAUUUGAACUGUAUGAAGUUAGAUUUCAUUGGGGAAGAGAAAACCAGCGUGGUUCUGAGCACACAGUUAAUUUCAAAGCUUUUCCCAUGGAGCUCCAUCUGAUCCACUGGAAUGCCACCCUGUUUGGCAGUAUUGAUGAGGCCGUGGGGAAGCCACAUGGAAUUGCCAUCAUUGCUUUGUUUGUUCAGAUAGGAAAAGAACAUGUAGGCCUGAAGGCUGUGACUGAAAUCCUCCAGGACAUUCAGUACAAGGGGAAGUCCAAAACCAUACCCUGCUUUAAUCCUAACACUUUAUUACCAGAUCCUCUGCUGCGUGACUAUUGGGUGUAUGAAGGCUCUCUUACUAUUCCACCUUGCAGUGAAGGUGUUACCUGGAUAUUAUUCCGAUACCCUCUAACUAUAUCCCAGCUACAGAUUGAAGAAUUCCGAAGGCUGAGGACACAUGUCAAGGGGGCAGAACUUGUGGAAGGCUGUGAUGGGAUUUUGGGAGACAAUUUUAGACCCACUCAGCCUCUUAGUGACAGAGUCAUCAGAGCUGCAUUUCAAUAGCCAAAGAGAACAAGACAAGUCCUCCUUCUUUUGGGAGGAAGACAGUGGUGGUAUAGUGCCCUUGGAUGAGAAAUGGAAACCUUUGAGCUGCAGCUUCGAAGCCUGCAUUGUUUGUCUUCAUCUGAUCCAGCUUUGAUGGACAUCUGUGGCAGUUGCCUACACAUGUGCUCGAAUGAAGUAUUAGGAAUGGCUAUCCAUUCAAAAGAAACCCCAUAUUAUAUAUCCACAUCACUGCUGCUAGUAUUCAUAUUUUUGCACAUACUGUUUAUUGCUUAUGUGUAGAAGAAAUGAAACUAGUUUCAGAGUUGUUAUUCAUAUGAAUAUAUAUCAUGUAUUAAUAUUGAGACAAAAAAAUACAUUUCCAGCAUUAGCAGUCCUUCAUUUCCUGUCUCCAACAGAAAAUUCACUCCUUCGGAGAAUAAUGUAAUUCUUGAUAAUAAAAUAAGAGUUUUGAUCAAGAACAAUACACAGCUUACAAGUGGAAUGUAAAGGAUGAGUAAAAAUCAUAUUGCAUGUCAUUUUUGAGCCCUCAUACCACAAC